AUGGAGCUACGGUCCACCAUGAACAGCCACGCCGAUCUCGACGGCCGAUCGAUUCAUUCCAACAAUUCCAAUCACUCGCAUGCGCACUCACUGCGCUCGGGCGGGGCCAGCUCCCUCGGCCCUCCAGCUCCAGCCGGAAUUAGUCCGGCUGGACGGGCCAACCACCGCAAAACUCGCUCUGACAUCUCCACCCUCUCCCACAUCUCCGGAACUAGCGGUGCCAGCCAACAGACCAUUCCAGAAGGCUCCGAGGAGCUUGUGGCCUUUACCGUCCAGAUCCCCUCCCAUCUCAUUUGUCGCAUCUGCCAGCGCGUCUUUACCAUGCCCGUCAUCGCCCGCUGUGGGCACACUUUUUGCCAAGACUGCAUUCUCAACGCCCCAGCCGGACAGACCUGCCCCCAAGAUAAACAGCCCCUUGUUCGAUCGCCCGUCUAUGCCAAUCGCGCCGUACAAGAGCAGAUCAAUGAUCUCAAAACCCGGUGCCCUUACGGUGUGCGACCCUCUUCCAAACCGGGCCGUGAUUUCGAGGUUGAUCCCACCGGCUGCCCCGCUAUUGUCAAGUACUCGGAGCGUGAAGCCCACAAAAAGUCGUGUGGCUACAUGUUUGUCCGUUUCGUGGCACACAAGCUGAAGUGGACGCACAUUUACAGUCAUGCCGGUUUGAGGCUGUCAAAGCUGUUCUGCAGCCGCAAAGACCUCGACUUUUUUCGCGGUGUGCUGGCCAACAUGUCCAGUCGCUUUGAUACUCUUGAACAGCAGGUUCUCACCCGACUCGCCGAUCUCGAAGAUACGGUGCAGCAAAUAUCUCGCGAGGUCGCCGACGCCAGCAUUAAUCACGAAACUGUCCAUAACGAUCUGGCCGUCGUCCAAUCUCAAAUUCGCAGCAUCAGUAACCAUGUCGGCCUCUCGGGCAUGCUGCAGCAGUUCAAGUGCCAGGGCACGUUUGUUGGCCACUCGGGGCAUGUGUGGGCUCUGGUGGCCACUAACGACCGCCUCAUUUCAGCAUCAGCCGACGAAACCAUUCGCGUCUGGGACAUUGGAUCCAGCUUUGCUUGCACCCGUACCAUCAACGCGCACCGCUCCAUUAUCCACUGCCUGCUGCUCGUCAACAAUCAACUAUACAGCGGGUCCAGCGAUCGCCUGAUCAAGGUGUGGAGCUUGGAGACAUUUGAGGAAAUUGAUACCCUGAUUGGUCAUGAUAACGUCGUCUGCGCCUUGGCAGCCUCGCGCACCAUGCUCUUCUCUGGCUCGCAUCAAUGCGUCAACGUGUGGAGCUUGGAUAGUCAUCAACUGCUCGGCCAGAUUGGGGAUCUCUCGCAUUGGACACGCGCGCUGGUGGCCAGCCAUGACCUCCUCUUUGUUGGCAACUCCUCCAUGAUCAAAGUCUGGACCAUUGGCUCGCUCAAAUUUGCUGAGGAAGACCCCGAACCCAGCCCGAUUCGGACCCUGGUUCUGCAAAACCCCAUGGGCACCAAGGAACCGCGGGCCAUAUAUUCCAUGUGCUUGACGCCACAGCAUUUGAUUGGUGGAACCUCGGACGGCAUGCUCCAUAUCUGGGACCGAGACACUUUGGCAUAUAAGCAGGCACUUUCCGGACAUACGGCAAUUGUGUACAGCAUUGAUUUCAUGCCUGGUGAACCUCAUGGCAAACUCUUUUCCGCCUCGCUCGACCGCACCGUUCGGGUUUGGAGCAUGGAGACCUUUGCCGUGCUUCAGAUCUUGCAUCGGCACGACGACUUUGUGGCCUGUGUGCGCGUGCAUCACAACCGUGUGCUGACAGCGUCGGGUGAUUCCUCCAUCAAGGUCAGGGGAGAAGUAUUCGUUUUCUCAAUUACGUUGUCCAAACAACCGUACAGCCUCAGCCCUGCGCAAAGAGGCAUGCUGGUCGCUAGCCUGCCCCUUGACUUACGGAUCGCCACAUCCUUCCAAAUUGCACAGCUGUGGGAGUAGGGCGAGAGACGGGGGGCAAGGGGGAGGGCUGUGGAUAGAGCAGGCCUUGAUCCUAAAUGGCGCGUGACCGCCACUGCAGCUCCUCAUCCCAGUCUUCGUCGUCGUCGUCGUCAUCGCCAUCGUCAUCACUGCCAUCUGCUUUGGCUGCAGCC